CAUUCGAAUUUUGUCCGUCAUCAAAUACAGUUUGGGUUUGUAGUGCUUUUGCAGGGAUAUUAGUUUAUUAUUUGUAAAUUUAAAUUGUGAAUUUUUAUAGAGGAACCUGAUGAAAGGUUCUGUGAUAUCGAACAUUGAUGAACUAAGUGUUACUUCGGUUUGAAUACCUUUUAGUGUAAAGUGAACAUCAACAUUUCUGCCUGAUAAUCCUGUAAAGAUGACAAAACAGAGCAAAAUGGAGGAACACCGAAAAAUCUGUGAGGAGCUCAACAUAGAUGCCCAGACAGAGGAAAAAUCAUGGAAAUUGUUUCGUGAAAUCUCGAAAACGUACAGUUUGGAUCACGAUCAGCUCCAUUGGAUGUGUUGUUCUCUUUACACCACAUGUCGUCAGGCUGUGACGCCCACUGUAGGAAACACCGGCUCCUUGCUGCAAGGUAAUUGUGUAUCGUUGACGAGACUACUCCGAUCGUGCAACAUGGUCUUGUAUGAGUUCUUCGAUAAAAUCAAUCAAUGGGUAGGAAUGGCAUCGUUGCCGGAAAAAUAUCGUGAUACCGUUGAACACCUACAGCAUAGUUUCGCCGUAUCGUGGUCGAUCAAUGAUAAGUUCAGAAAGUUGUAUGCCGACUUGUUUACUACUCCGGCUUUGGAUGAGCAUAAGCGUAGUAAAAAAUCUAAAACUCAACCGUGCACUUCCAAUCAACUGUACGAGUUCUGCUGGACGCUAUUCAUUUGUGCUAAGGCAGAAUAUCCCGAACAAUGCGAUGACUUGGUCACAUCCAAUAGCAUGCUGCUGUGCUGUUUGAAUCUUAUCUAUGCAAACGCAUUCGCCGAGAAGAGACGGGAUUUAUUAAAUGCAAAAUUUCAAGCACACUUAAGUGAUUCUUUUAAUAAAACAAACGAGCCCGAGGAACCGAUUUGUAUUAUAGACGCAAUAAGUGAGGAAGGUUCCGCUCCAGAUGUUAAACACAUAAUGAACACUUACUGGAAAGAUUUCAUCGAAAAGUUGUUUCAGAAACAAGUUUUGCGAGGUGAUCAAAAUAGUUUCAUGGAUCUGAUCUCUUUGACGAACUUCGACGAAAAUAUGAGAUCACUUAAUAAUCGAUACGAUACGUUUAUCCUCAGUUGUGGAGAAAUCGAUGAAAGGAUUCUAUUGACACGUUCAGUUGUUAAAAACGAGUCUGCGGAAGUUUCCUUGUGCCAACAAACUCCGCUUAGUUACCGUAAUCGCAGUAGCAAUAACGAAAGAAUAUCAUUCACCCCAAUAUCUACCGCCAAUGCUUCGGUGAACAAAUUGCGCGCAAAGCUGAUAGGCUACGGGGGUGAACCGCAGUCAUCUUUGAGAGAGCUCUUUAAAACCUGUACUCCUGACCCUACUGGAACAGUGAAAACUAGAUUAGCAGCCAUAAGGGGAACUUUUUUCGCAAAAAUGCGAAACCAAAACUGGAAUGAUAGGUCUACGGCGGCUAAAGCUGACAUGAUCGAAGCACUGUACUACAAACUGCUUGAGAGCAUUAUCCGCGCUGAGAUAAAACGUCGUCCCAAUGAGGCUGUGAAGUUGGCUUGCAACGAAGACGUUAACAAAACGCUCCUUGUAUGCUGCGCCGAAAUUGUCAUAUAUGCGCACAAUUUGGAGCAGAACUUUCCAUGGAUUUUGAAUGUUUUCGAAAUGACACCGUUUCAAUUCUAUCGGAUCAUCGAGAUGGUGGUUUUGUAUCACAAUGAUAUACUGUCCAGGGAUAUUAUAAAGCACUUGAAGAGUAUUGAAGAUCAAUGCAUCGGGUCGCUUUGUUGGGUGCGAUCAUCUCCGCUAUGGAAUAUAAUGUCUGACAUACAUUACGAAGUUCCUAUUAGUCAGAAUGUGGAAUCAUCAACUGACUUAUCCGGCAUUACACCUCACAAAUCAGGUGACGGUGUGGCAAUAACUAAUGGUCAUAGAAAACUUGAGUCGACACCCUCUACAUCAACAGCCAAUGCGGUUCCUGGAACAUCACAGCGCACGGUUUCCAACCCAGAUUCCGCCAAGAAGCGACUCUUCAAAAUGAAUGACGAUGAAGCGGAACCGGCCGUAUCCGGUGAUGGUUUGGCGGAAAAGAGGGAUAAAUCGGCAGAAACCAGUGGACCCCGCAUCGAUUUGUCCCUCACAUUCCAAUCCAAUCUUGGACUCAACUCCCCGCAGAGGCCUACUACACAUGGGUUCAAACCAUUAGAUUUAUUUUUUAGAAAGUUUUACGCGCUGGCCGCUAUUCGUUUGAGAGAUUUGUGCUUAAGAUUAAGACUCGUGGACAUCCAGAAUCAGAUAUGGACUAUCUUCGAGCAUUCGAUUGUACAUUGCACGAAGGAAUUAAUGUGCGAUCGUCAUCUCGAUCAAAUUCUGAUGUGUGCGAUAUACGUACUGGUUAAAGUGAAAAAGCUCAACAAUACCUUCGCAGAAAUUAUGAAGAGAUAUCUAGAGCAGCCACAAGCAAAGAGCGAUAUAUAUCGUAGCGUUUUCAUAAAGCGGCGUACACCGGAGGAGAUGGAAGAACACCGGCAGCAACAAAAGGGCAAUAAUGAACUCAGCGGUGAUCGCAUAGCUCCAGCAGAUUUGGCCGGUAUUUUCGUGCAGCACGGCAAUGAUGACCGCGGAGAUCUAAUUCUAUUUUACAACACGGUGUAUGCAGUUGAGAUGAAAGACUUUGCUCUGAAGUUUGGCAGUGUGGACGAGCAUAGUCUACUGCUAUCACCGCCCCCGAAGACACCAAACCGAAGUGUGAUGUUGUCUCCGAAGCAAGUCGAUGAAAGAAUACCAUUGUUCGUAACCUCAAUGGAUGGAAUUCGAAUGGAUAGUCUGAGGGAAUCACCCAAUUCCCUCACGUAUGUCAUUGAUCGUAGUCCAGCAAAGGAUCUAGAGAAAAUCAACCGUCUAACUGGCAGCUGUAAGCGCAGCCUUAGUGAUCCAGACUCGUAUGAACCCGCUGGAAAAAGGAAGUCUAACAAAAUGGACAAGCUUAUUUCCGAUCGUAGGGAGCAGGAGUCUAAUAAUAAUGCUGUAUAAACUAUUUGCUGUUGGUUUAUGUAAGGCAUCGAUUUAGGAUUAGAGUUACGACGCUAAACGACGUAAGGAAUUGUGCAUUUUUCAGAACUGACAAGUGUAGAUUUGUUAAUUGACUGUUUACCAAGUAUAAGUUCAAUCGUGUAGAACUUUAACUAUUUUAAUUGUAUCUGUAGGAAGUUAUGAAAUCGAGUUAUGCUUGCUAUUAUUACGACUAUUAUUUCAAUAAGUUUCGAUAGAUUAUACAGGUUUACCAUCAUGCGUAUCAUCAAAGCGAACUGAUAAUCCUUUCCACCUAAUCACACUUGAUAUAAAAAUGAUUUUUCAAAGUUACAAGUUUUAUUGAUCUCAAAAUCGAGUCAUUUUAUUUAUAUGUUAUUGUAAUCUUUUAUUUAUUGAACAAAUCAUGAGACAUGAGACCGAUUUUAGCAUAAAUUAUUCUUAUACUUAACAAUAGCUUAUAUGCUUGAUGCUGUAUUUUGCUGAUACGUACCUUGCGGAUCUUCAAAACAUUUUCACUUCUCACGAAAUCAAAAUCAUCAUUUUAAAAAUUAUACUUCAAUAGUACAUCAUCGGGUGUGAUUGGGGUCAAUCACGACAGUGAGCAUUGGAGCAUUAGGGACCACCCGUGUGCUGCUACUCCGUUAUUGAUCAGAACCAAUUAAGCUUGAAAAAUCUUUUUCUGAAACAACUUGCUUGGGAAUAGCACGUAGUUUCACAUUGUGUAAACUGCAUUGAUCCCUGCGUGCUGAUCAAUACCGACGCCGGCCACGUCCGAACACAGAUCUACUUGGGAAGGAAGGAUUGUUAGUUCAAUGCAGGUUGCUAUUAGAAACCGAGGAAUCCUCUGCAUUUCCACAUGCAUCACAGGAAGGGAUUGUUUGUUAGUAAAUAUUCGAAUAAUAUCAUGUGUUUAUUGCUCUGGGUAGCCGGCUACCGAGAAUACGUUGCAAUUUUAUCGCAUUUUUUAUUAAUACGCGCUUCCUACUAAAAUACGAAAUUUCUUCCGUCGAAAAGUAUGACAAGUUUUCGUAUGUUUUUACACAUGCUUCAUCGUUGAAGACGUUCAACUAAAUUUGUGUGCUAAUAAUAUGGCUCCAUCCAAAAUCGAUGCUCCUGUGUUAUUGUUAUAUUCAUUUAUAUUUCAUCGUUUAUAACGAUUAUUUUCUUUUCUUACGCUAUGUAGUUUAACCAACGAAGAAAUGAAUCUAUAAAUUAUAAAUAUAUAACAUAUUUACCCACAAAUAAAAAAAAAAU